CAUAGGAAAAGAGAAAGAAAGAGAGAAUGAAAAUGAGAUAGAAAAGAAGCAAAAGAAACUUAUAGACGAAAGGCAACCGUACAGAUAGGAAGUGUAUAAACAAAAUAGAGAGGAGACGCGAAAAUAGAUUGAAAGAAAGAGGAAGCAUAAUAAAAUUAGAUUGCCAUAGGGAGAGGAAUAAAGUGAGGAAGGGAUAGAAAUAUAGUUGCUGUCAAGUGAAAUUCAGUAAUACAGUAACAUAAAAUUUUGUAAUAUUUUGUUGUAAGAGCUAUCAUAACUUUUACACCUUUUGAAUCGCAGCUAUCAUUAUUUUCCUCGUUGCUUCUCUCUUGUUCCUCUCUCUCACACACACACACACGCACACAUACAUAUAUACAUAUGUAUGUUAUAUACACUCACACAGAUUUGUUUGUACACGUAUAUAAGCGUCACACCAACUUUCUAGAUUGCCAUUCUACUCCUUGGUAACUGCCAAAACAAUAACACAUGUGACGAAGACCGGACAGGACAUUUCGAUUUCAAACCACAAGGAGAGUUUAUAAAAGAAAUCACAGAAAACUGAACAAGACUAAACAAGAAAAAAAUAAAAAGGAAAAAGUUUUGUAACAUAUGUUUUUUGCUUUUAUGUCAUCGAUUGCUCCUGUCCCAAUUUUUGAAGUUAGCAUUACUAGGAAAAAGAAAAAAACCUGCUUGUAGAAGACCGUUUCCGCUAAAAUUCUUUUAGUCAUGGAUAUGGACAGAAUUGGUUUGUUCUCUGAAAUGAGUUACAUCACUAUUGGUGAUACUUAUAAAGAACAUAGACCUGGUCCACGCAUAAAAGGUAAAAAUUUUUAUGUUCCUGGUGAGAAAAAAAUAUCUGCUACACAAGCUGGUUAUUUCACGGAAACAUUUUCCCGUGUCAUGGAUGGGGAAGCUUAUUGUGAUCCAGUAAGGUUGGCACGCCAAUACAGACAGAAAGAGUCUAAGAAAAAUCUGGGAAAGGAAUUCAUUCCAAGUAGUGGAUUUAAAACAUCUUGUGGAGUUGGUUCUUACUAUGGAACAAUUGGUGGUCCAGUUCCUGCUCUGAGUCCAACACCAAAGCCUGCACCACCCUUCAAACCAUCUUUAAGAAAUAUUUUCACGAAUCCACCAAAAAAAGGCACUGGUUAUGGCUAUGCUGAGGUUACACUCAAUCCUUAUCCAAAGUAUUUGUCUGAUCCUAUCUCAGAAUGUAAAGCUGACUAUAUGAAAGAAUAUAAGCAUCACAAGACGUUAAUGAAGAAUGGACCUUUUAGGUUAAACAUGCAUCCAGAGGACUAUUUUACAGUCAACCCUUUUAAAGUACCAUCGGGUAUUACCCUAUCAAAACACAAAACUGGUGAGGAGAAGCGGAAGCCUUUGAAACCCCUUAAACCUUUUAUUCCAAGCAGUGUGGGGCAAAAGGAUGGAGGCAUGAAGGCUGGUACAUUUGAUCAAUACCCAACACAUUCUGUGAAUGAAUAUGUCAAAGUGAAGGAAGGUCGACCUAUACAUGUUGUCAACAAAUCAGGAAAUGUGUUUGUGCCUCUCAAACAAGAAAAGUCUCGUCCGACCACUUCAAUUUUACAGCAAAAUAUACUAAAAACAAUGAAUAGUCAGAACUAUAAAACUAUUGAAUCAGUGAUGUCUUACUGAGGAAAGAAACACCACAAAGUUUGGCAUAAAUAAUGUUUCGAAAAGAAAAGCUUAUUUUCAAAGAAUGCAUUGUAAAUUCUUUUAGAAAUGAUUGCAAA